AUACCCUAGAUAGCCACUAUCAGCGUUAUCUGUUUAUAGUAUGAUGCAACUUCAAUACAAAAUGAAACUAAUUUUUUGACAUGGAUUUAUAUCAGAUUUAGUACAAUUUUAAUUAAACCUAAUCUUCGACUGUCUCAGGUUCUGUUGUUAUUUUUUUUCAUGUCUGUGUAUUUCCAGAUUAGUCUAUAAAUAUUGUAUCUGCCCCAAGGUCAACAACAAUUCAUUAUUAAAGUUUAAUGUUGAUGGCAGCAAAUGUUUUUGAACAGAAUGAUUUGUAAAAACCUACUGCAGAUAUGUCCUCAAACGAGACGCUUUUAUUCAUUUCUGACUAGAGAUCUGUAUCCUGAAGUUAAACGAGGUCCCUAUGCAGUUUUGGCUUCGUCACACAUACAGACCUUUGAAAACUUACUUGGCAAAGAUAGAGUGAUAACUGACAAAGAUGAAUUAAUAGCAUACAAUAAAGAUUGGUUGAAUAUGGUUUGCGGUCAUAGCAGUGUUGCUCUUAAACCAAAAACUACAGAAGAAGUCUCUGAAAUAAUGAAGAUAUGUUACAAGGAACACCUUGCAGUAUGCCCUCAAGGUGGCAACACUGGAGUUGUUGGUGGCUCAGUACCUGUUUUUGAUGAAGUUAUUUUAUCUAUGUCUUUGAUGAACAAGAUACAUCACAUAGAUAUAGAUGGAGGAACAGUAAGUUGUGACGCUGGCUGCGUAUUGGAACAACUCGAUACUAAAGUUGCCAAGGAAGGAUUGAUGAUGCCACUUGAUCUCGGAGCAAAGGGAACCUGCCAAAUUGGUGGCAAUAUUGCUACAUGUGCUGGUGGUCUUCGCCUCAUUAGGUAUGGUUCUCUCGCUGCUAACCUCCUCGGCCUCGAAGUAGUACUAGCUAAUGGAGAGGUAUUGUCAAUGAUGAACCAGAUGAAGAAAGACAAUACUGGCUAUCAUCUAAAGAAUCUCUUUCUUGGUUCUGAAGGCACAUUAGGUGUCGUAACAAAAGCAGUGAUUCAAUGUGCUACACGACCUAAAUCUGUGACUUUAGCUUUCCUAGGUCUUGAUAAUUAUGAAAAUGUUGUGAAAACAUUUAGAUCUGCUAAAAACCACUUGAGCGAGACCCUGUCUUCUUGCGAGAUGAUGGAUGCUGGAUCAAUGGAGUCAGUGAUGAGACUUGGCCUUACUUGUCCAAUAAAACAAAAUCGGUUUUACAUGAUCAUUGAAACCCACGGCUCUAAUUUGAAUCAUGAUGAAGAAAAGAUGGCUGCUUUCAUCACAGAAGCUGUUGACUCAAAAGUUGUUGCUGAUGGCACUUUCACUUCUCAACCAUCUUCCAUGCUUAAUCUGUGGCAGUUGCGUGAGAGGAUCCCUGAGUCAGUCGUUCGCUUUGGAUAUAUGUAUACAUAUGAUAUAUCUUUGCCUUUGAGUCAUUUUUAUGAAGUUGUUCAUGAAACACGCAAAAGACUGAGCAAGCAUGGCUUCAGCAACCUUCCGGUGUUUGGUUGUGGUCAUAUUGGAGAUGGAAACUUGCAUAUACUUAUUGAAGGACCCUCUUAUCAAGAUGAAGUGACAAACUUACUAGAACCGUGGCUGUUUGAAUGGACCGUUAAGCAUGGAGGAUCUAUGUCAGCUGAGCACGGUCUGGGUUUCAAGAAACGUAAAUACAUUGGUCUUGGCAAAAGUUCAUCGGUUGUUGAUAUAAUGCUAUCAUUAAAGAAACAGUUUGAUCCAACUGGAAUACUUAACCCUUAUAAGGUCAUCUGAAUUAUUACAUCCCCAUCACUGUUCAUUACAGAAAUUUAUGAAACUAUGCAAUUAAAAGUUCGUCUUGUCACAUUCUAUGAAUAAAAUAUUAGUUUCUCAAAAAGUUUGAGGUUUAUCUUUUUGUUGUCACUUUGUUCUAAAUAUUCUAUUUCAUAUCA